AUGGAGAGAAUAGUUUUCAAACAGAAGGACUGUGUAGGCAUCUUCUGUGAACAACAAAGCAAUGAUACCUUCCAUUCGUUCAUUGGCACUUGCUUUGCUUUGUUCUGGUAUAUUUUCUCCUUAGCACAUGUGGCAAUCUUUGUCACAAGAUUUAGUUACGGAGAAGAAUUGCAGUCCUUUGUUGGAGCUGUUAUUGUUGGGACAUACAAUGUCGUGGUUGUGAUUGUGCUUACCAAGCUGCUGGUGGCAAUGCUUCAUAAAAGCUUUCAGUUGAUAGCAAAUCAUGAAGACAAAGAAUGGAAGUUUGCUCGAGCAAAGUUAUGGCUUAGCUACUUUGAUGACAAAUGUACAUUACCCCCACCUUUCAACAUCAUUCCUUCACCAAAGACUAUUUGCUAUAUGAUCAGUAGCCUCAGUAAGUGGAUUUGCUCUCAUACAUCAAAAGGCAAGGUUAAACGGCAAAACAGUUUAAAGGAAUGGAGAAAUCUGAAACAAAAGAGGGAUGAGAACUACCAAAAAGUGAUGUGCUGCUUGGUGCAUCGUUACCUGACAUCCAUGAGGCAGAAGAUGCAAAGUACAGAUCAGGCAACCGUGGAAAACCUAAAUGAACUACGCCAAGAUCUGUCAAAAUUCAGAAAUGAAAUAAGGGAUUUACUUGGCUUUCGGACUUCUAAAUAUGCUAUGUUUUAUCCAAGAAAUUAACCAUUUUCUAAACCAUGGAGAGAAUAGUUUUCAGUAAUAUACCUGAAAGACUGCAUUUGCAUAAUUUGCGAUUAAAUCACUAAGAUACCUAUUGAAAUUAAAGUGAAGAAUUAUGUAAAAGCCAUUCUUUAAAAUAUUUAUAGCAUAAAUAUAUUAUGUAAAAUAUGUAUAUAGAAUUAGUUUUUUAAAAUCCUCUGUUAGUAGCUUUUUGCAGGAGCAAAACAGACUAAGUAGAUAGGUUUUCUUAGCAUGCUGCUUGGGUUUCUUACUUGAACAGUGCUUUAAUUCUUUUUAUGUUGAAGAAAGGCAGUUGUAAUUGUACACAUUGCCAGAAGGUUUUGUAAAAUGAAGAUCAGCAGAUGUGGGCUGAUCUCCAUCCAUAGGACACACCUGAAAUGUAGUAAGUCAUGGUUUUUAAAAUCUCUGUUUUAGGAGUUAACAUAUAGUUCAGUAUUUAUUGUUCAGGAGUAUAGUUUUAUCUAAAAUAAUA